AUGGAGGACAACACUUUCCUUGUACAUGAACAAAUGCUUGCAAUAAACCCAAUGUUACUCCAAAAGGUGAAACCACUCUUUACAGAAAAUCAACUCCAUUUUGCUGCAUUAGAAGGCAAAGCCGAGUUUGCUGUGAAACUCUUAAAACAAGCACCAUGGAUGGCCAAAUUACCGAGCAACCGAGAAGGUCUUACUGCACUACACAUAGCUGCAGCUACAAACCAUGCUGAUGUUGUUUAUGUGCUUCAAGAAUUUGACCCGUCACUCGCUUUAAUCUGUGACUCCGAUGGAUCUACGCCCUUGCAUUAUGCUGCUCACCAUGGGAGUGCUGAUGCUGCUAGAAGUUUGGUAUCGACGAAUUAUGAGCUUCUGAAGGAAGUCAACUUACAGGGUGAAACUGCUCUUCAUGUUGCUGUUAAGAGUAACCAGGAUGAAAUGACCAAAUUAUGGAUUUGA